UGAGAGAUAAAAAGAUAAGAUUUUUCCAGAUUCCUCCUGCCUCGAUCAAACUAAACACUCAACUCAUCAAAUGUGGAGCCUCACCGGAGCAUUAGGCGUGGCGGUGCCUACCGCCGUCGCUUACCGUCCUAAACCCUCCCUCAUCUCCUCUUCCCUUCUCCCCAAGCAAACGAAGAACCUCCAUCUCUCUCCGCAGCAGCCUCUAUCUCUAUCAUCACACUUCUCCUCCUCCUCCUCUUUCAAAACCGCUGCCACUUCCGUUGAACAACAGUCUGAUAACAAGGGAGAGGAGAGCAAAACAAAGUACUACUUCCUUGUCGCCAACGCAAAGUUCAUGCUUGACGAAGAGGAACACUUUCAGGAGCAAUUGUUCGAACGUCUUCGUUACUACGGAGAGAAUGAAAAAGAGUUAGACUUUUGGCUCCUCAUUGAGCCUAAGUUCCUUGAUAAGUUCCCCAAAAUCACUCAGAGGCUUCGUCGUCCUGCUGUAGCUCUUGUCUCCACCAAUGGUCCAUGGAUCACGUUUAUGAAGUUGAGGUUGGAUCGAGUUCUUGCUGAUUCCUUUGAAGCUAACUCUCUUGAUGAAGCAUUGGCGUUUACUCCGACCACUUUAGAGUUCGAUAAGCCUAAGAAUUGGGUGGCGCCGUACCCGAAGUAUGAGCCUGGAUGGUGGGAGACUUUCUUGCCUAAGGCAAAACAAGAAUCUGUAGCGUAGUAGUCUUUGUCCUUUUUUUUUGUCGUUGUCGGAAUCCAUCUUUGUCUUAAGAGUGUUUUCUAGCUUUGUAUUACUGAGCUUUUUAUAGUUCUGUGUAUGUUGCAACUCAGUUGAGUUUAAUGACCAUAAUCGAUUCAAAACCUGUUUC